AUGUCUGGAGGAUAUGUGACAAAUGCGCCUUCUUUGAAAUACUUACUGUUUCACGGCGUCCAGUCUCGUCAGUGUUGUGUAAUUAAGAAUGCAGCAGAGUUGGUUGGGGCAAUGAUUGGUAAUGUCUCUAAGAUUGUCGACGAGAAGCUUCUGCUAUCUCUCACUUCAGUCAAAACUCUUUCCUUAGCUUUGUCACCAUUGGAGAUUACAUUUCCUAGUGGUAGUAUCUUCUAUCAGUUGGUGAAUUUGGAGAUACAUACAUAUAAAGCUGAGUGGUGGAAUCUACUUGUGCUCAUGCUUGAUGCUUCUCCUAGAUUACAAGUCCUCAAGCUCCUCGAUAUUUUAUGUCGAUAUUGGGAUCUCGGUGUGGCAUGUAAGAAAUGGAGUCAACCAAACAAGGUUCCUGAGUGUUUGUUGUCCCAUCUCGAGACAUUCGUGUGGAGAGGCUUCAGACAUCCACUAGAAGAGAAGAUAGAGGUGGCGAAAUACAUCCUAAGUAACGCAACUCGUUUGAAGAAGGCGACUUUCUCCGGGAAGCACGUUCAAAGGAGCAGUUCUCAAGAAUUGGCGGAGGAAUUGGAGAGUGUUGUGAGGGCUUCAAAUUCAUGCGAGCUUGUGUUUGACUGA